AUGUCGAGUAACGAUUUCUCUUUCGACAAAGGAGUUGUAGAGGAUCCUUUUUUAAGCUAUGAAGCCUCAGUGAAGUCGCGUCCCAAUAUUUCAUUAAAUACCCAUGAAUCUUAUUUCCAGAAUGCGAAGCAUCAAGAUGAUUUACCUUCUCUGAAUUCCGGGCCGGACGUUGCUACUAGGGAAAAUCAUGGCUACAUGCAGGAAAGUAGUCGAAGUGGGUUAUCUUCGUUGGAUGCCAAUAGCAGGUCUCAGGAUCCGUUUGGACUCGAACGACCAGUAAUAAAUCACGCUUCUAUGCGCAACGCGGUUGGACCUUUAGCAGAAACAUCUCUUGAACGAGCUUCUCCUUCGGAGAACUCAACGGUUCUACGCGAAUUGGAUGAACUCAAGUUCAGACUGAGCAACAUUGAGUUUCAUAUGAGUCAACACUCACCAACUAUUUCAUCUGCCUCUCAUUCUUAUAGUCCUUAUGGGAAUUCUAGGAAUGCUGCUUCACAUAUGAACACCCAAUCCUUUUCCCCAGCUCCUUUAAAUACUAUGCAAACCGCCUUAUCACGGCUACAAACAUAUCAUCCUUCCCCGGCUGUUCUAGAGCCUAUAAAACAGGCUGUUCAGCAUGCCAUCACGCUCACCCAUACUACUCCAUCUACCGUUGUGGAGGCUCUAUGCCGCAGUUUGGCUGAACUGUGCCUUGGUUUGGUUCAACAAGCGAUCGAUGCCUCUUUAUCGAGUCAUCAGCCCGGUCAAAAUUCUAUAGAAAUGGCACCUCACUCUACUGCCCUUGAUUUAUCGAAUUCCGUACAUUCGUCUCCAUCUAGAUCCAUAAGUACUGAUACAUCUGCUUACAGUUCACCAGAUCGUCCUCUAUUCCGCCCGCCUCCUUCUUCCCAAGGCUAUAAAUCAAAUUACAGAAGUACUUCACCAUCUCGUGCUUCUUUUAGGCAUUCCGUGUUUUCUGAUACUUCUCGCUUCCAAUCCAAACUGCAAAGGUUACCACAUUCUCCCCUUCGGCCUAGACAACCUUCUUCGUCCAUGUCAACAAGUUCGACUGUGCGACAACCCUCCAUGAAGUACAUAGAGAACUCUCAAGAUUCCUCUUUUGGUCCUUCGUUCCUUGAUACCUCUUACAAUCACUCUACGCCCACAAAAAGCUCUUUGAAUGUUUCCCCAGAACCCGAGUCACCUCUAUAA